AUGAGCACCACAAACCCUAAGAAAGAAUCUGAGCCUCUGAAUUUCAGCGAAAUCUCUGUGUCUAUUGACACUAACGAUAUUUCCAAGUACAACCACAACUCGCAUAAUUCCAAUCCGAUGGGUCUACCCCAGUCUAGUCAUCGCUCCCUUGACCCGACUGCUGCAUUCAGUCACGGAAUUCAUCCAGCUCGCGGAGUGGAGUCGAGACUUCCUGUGAGAUGUCACGAUCGCUCGACUAGUCGAUAUGUCAGACCUAUGGGCCCCACGCGACCUAACUCUGCCCUUGAGAAUCGACAGUCUUUCAAAGGUCACGUUGAGCACACGCACGGUGUUGAUCCUUGGAUCACAGGACCACCCAAGUGGUGGUUCGCUGUCGGCAACCACCCAUGCUGGCCGGGUUCUCCGGGACAUUCAUUCUCUCUGGAUCUUGCCGCUCUAGAGAACUCUCGAUUGAUCCCUACUCGGUCACAGGCACCUACCAGCUUUCUGAGACCUGUCAGGAACACUUCGGAACUCGUUUCUCUUACCGAGAUUGCAGCACGCUUCGGUGUUGAACGAAGUGCCAUACAGACCCUGAACGCUUCGGCAGAGCAACCCAAUUCUCUCAAAUUCAUUGUCCUGUCCGAGAACGACAAUCAAAACUCAGGCUGCUAUCGUCGUUUGGACAUAUAUGCAAAGUGCAAUCUCCAUCUUCUCCCGGGCUAUGAACUCCCUUACCCGGACCAGGACGCUGGGGUAUCUGGGACCGAGCACAGUAAUCGCAGCAACGUCUUCCAAGAAUUCGGCCCCAUAGACUUGCGCAGCCGUGCAGUCUCACCAGCUUCCACGAGGGUUGCAGAAACUUCUUCUUCAUCUGUUAUAUUGUCCCAGCCUACCUCCACGCAGUCUGACAUGCCUCUACCAUCCAGACAGGCAACAGAGGCUAACGACGUUCCCCUUGUCGCUGUCUUCUCCCAAGACAGACCUUCCGAUCGAGCCAAAGCGUUUCAUUCCCGAGGCUGGUAUGAGAUUGAAGAGACGGAGUUCUUCGCCCCAAGAUCAUCCGCCCUGGUCAAGAUGCUGGAGCAGAGAAGUGGAGGAAAAGCCUCGAGAGAGGACUUGGAGCACGAGUGGGCCACGGUCAGGCUAGUGAGACAGGAAGCCAGCGGCGAUGUGUAG